AUGUUCCUCACCUUACUCUGCCUUGGCAUUAUCUUGGGCCCCACGCUGCGGCGAAAUGCCUCAGGCCCCACCAUCAAAUGGCACAAGAUCACCACACUCAAAGGAGAUCUAUUGCCCGACUUUAGCUUCAGCGGCUAUCAUGCGUCAAACCAAUCGCUUCCCGCAGUCAAGAAGACACCGAGGCUUACGCUUGCUCCCACCAACGGCGACCAGACCCAGCGAAUUCAAGAGGCCCUCAACCAGACUGCAUCUGCAGGGGGUGGUAUAGUUGCCCUGGAAAAAGGCAACUUUACAAUCUCCUCUGGACUGUCAAUACCCAGUGGUGUGACGCUCCGAGGGGCCGGCCCAGGACAGACCAGGCUCAUCUCCACUCAGCAACCAGUUUCCCCGUUAAUUACGCUGGGAACUGGUGGGAGUCCUGCCAAAGUGCUGGUGCGGGCCAACAUAACCGACUCCUAUGUCCCAAUAGGUACAACGGUGCUAAAUGUUAGCGACACUGCGGGCUUCAGUCCUGGUCAGUCAGUCUAUGUGCAGAGAGCAGUGACGGCGGAUUGGGUCCGGUACAACGGAAUGAGUGAUUUGGUUCGAAAUGGUGUCAAUCAAACUUGGCUACAGGUUGGCAAACUGGUCCGGCAACCCAACACUAUCUCUUCUGUUGAGGGCACCCAGAUCAACCUACUAGUUCCUCUUACGGACAGUCUGGACGCAGCCUACAUGCAGCCAGAGAUUUUAGCAUACAAAGCGCCAGUCCUCAACUCAGAAAUUGGGAUCGAUCAGCUUUCUAUCUAUCUCAAAUCUUCCUGUUCAGGAAGCCCUCUUAGCAAGCCAGCUUGCAAUGGCGCUGCAAUCAGUUUCGCACCGUGGACAGUGGACAGCUGGGCACGUAAUCUGGUGCUGAGUGGUUUCAACCAGUUCGUUGACAUUCAAUACGACGCUAGCCGGAUAACGGUUCAAGAUGUAGCCAUGUUCCGGGACGCAGAUACCACUGGAGUGGCAAUCCCUUCCGACAUCUGGAUCAAAGGCUCCCAGAUUCUUGUAAAAGAUUGUGGACAAUACGGGCUCAAGACAGCCGAAGCAUUCUCCGUCAUGACGGGCUCGCUAACGCCAGGGCCUAAUGCUGUCCUCCGCCAUGUCACGCAGUCAGGGCUCCAAUCGAUCUACCCACACCAGAGAUGGGCUCAGGGACUUCUAGUGGAGGAUUCUUCAGUGCCAGUAUAUUUCGUGAACCGCGACACCAAGGGUACUGGCCAGGGUUGGUCUAUAAACGGUGGAGUUGGGUGGAAUCUCAGGGGGGAUACUUCUUUCGAGUCCGCACCUCUGGGGAUCAAUUGGUGUAUCGGCUGCAGCGGAGACGCUGGUCAACAAGGCAACGGGACUUUUAUAAACCAGGGCACACAAGUAACCCCUAGAAGUCUCUUUGCGUCGCAACUUAAAGCUAGAGGGUAG